AUGUUUCAUCUCCGCCCCAAGGCGCCACUCUAUCUCCGCGCCCCUGUCAUUGUGCCCAACACUAACGCCGCCACGUGCGUCUGGCUGCUGCAGGCCUCCGACCCGGGUCACCGGAUCCUGAUCCGGGCCCUGGAGUACGUGACGGAGUCGCUCAGCAAACUGGCCAUCGGCACCGGCCACGACCCCAUGAGCCUGUUGGGCACCGAAAUCGUUCGGAAGGACAAGGGUGUCUUCCCCGCCGGGUCGCUGGUCGCCACGGCCGACAAGGCCUGGGUGAAGUUUACGAUCUGGGGGAGCCGAGGCGACAACAAGGUCAAUAACUUCGUCUUCGAGCUGACGGAAGUCAACCACACGGUUGAAUGCAGGGAGGACGAGUUUCCUUGUUCACAUGGACUACAGUGCGUGCCCCUCGCCGCGAGGUGCAAUUUCCUCAGGGACUGUGACGACUUUUCGGAUGAGCUUGGAUGCGGUGAAUGCCCGUCCUCAAAAUACCACUGCGGGUAUGGUGAAUGCGUCGAGCAUAGAGACAUCUGUGAUUUCAACGUGGCCCAGUGCAGCAACACCAUGGACGAAUUCGAUUGCUUCUCUGUUUGCGGACCUAGUUUCAUCAACUUAACGAGCGAGGCUGAGGUCACGGUCCGUCUCACCGUCCCUGCGUUCUACCACUACUUCUGCGGCUGGUUAGUUGCCAGUGAUCCCGGGACUGUCAUCUACGUGAACGUCAUCGCGGUGGACCAGGAGGACCUUCACUACCUCAGCGUGGAGGAUGACUCGCUGACUGACGCCCCGUGGCUGGAGAGUUACGCAAAUCUUGCCGGCACAUCCUUCUUCACCCGAGGGAAUGAGGCCAUGAUUAGAUCCAUGACGGUCAGGGAUACCAGUCGAGCAGCAAGCCUGGAGUUGAACAUCAGAGUUCAUGAGACAUCAGGUGUCUGUGGCAUUAAUCAGAUCUUACUGACAGAGCACAAUGCCUGCCUCUCCCUGCAAGCGCUUUGUGACGGGAAAGCCAGUUGGCUAGACUUUUCGGACGAGAUGAGCUGUGAUACCUGCGGUGGAUUUAGCAUAGAGCUGUAUGCCGAUUAUGCCGUCUUUCUUGUGGCCGAAUUCGACAGUGAAUCGGGACAGGGUGCUUUUGAGGUUCACCGCGGCAAUCGGUCCGACCCGUUGCCGACGCAGCACCUGCCUGCUGCUGAGGCAGUCGGUCGGGCUGAGUUACCAGCCCGAUUCGACUGCUUGUGGAGGGUCACGGCUCCGGCCGGGACACGUCUGGAGGCUGUGGUGAGGACCUUUUCCCACAACGGCCAGGGACUGAGUCUAAAGUUCGACGACGGGGAGGCGGCGCUACCGACGGCCGCAUCGCUCCUGGUAGUUCGCCACGAGACUGCUGUGCCCGCCAAGCUCUAUUUCAACGGCUCCAGCCUCUGGGUUCAACUCAUAAACGAGGGUGUGGACUUCCUGGAGCAAAUGGAGGUUGUACUCACAGCUCACAUGAUUAAUGACUGUGGUGAUGGGCAUUUCCAAUGUCUGUCUACUUUGGCUUGCAUCGAUAUCGCUUACCGCUGUGACGGCAUCAGUAACUGCCUUCAACACGAAGACGAACUGGGAUGCGGUCAGUGCGCAGUCAACCAAUUUGAAUGCAUUCCUGGCGGGGAGUGUGUCCUGCAAAGGUAUAUUUGCGACGGUUUAAACGACUGCGGUGCUUUCAACGACGAGUACGGAUGUUACUCCGACGCAGAUUCUCGCGUUAAUUUGACGCACAACGCGAGUGCUUACUCCCUCGACCGCCGGGGGAUCCACGACGACAGCGCCUGGGAGGUGGUGUCCCCGGCCGAAACUCGGAUCCGGGUCACAGUAAUGUACCCAACCAGCUGCACUUUGAUCUUCGGGGAGGGUCCCUACAGCAGGUACGUCAACUCCACCGACGGGUUCCGGACGGUCAGUCCGUCCACCAGCAACUGGACUUAUCCGCACACGGUGACGUCGAGUGGCCCCAGAUUAUGGGUACUGGUCGAAGACUGCUACUACCCAUUAAUCAACAUGGGCUUUUGGCUACAGUUCGAGGCAUUUCUGGAAAAAGAUUGUCCGAUCGGGUCUUGGGCGUGCAAGUCAGGAGCAACUUGCGUAGAGCUGUCAGCCCGCUGUGACGGACGAAUCGACUGCCCAGAACACGAAGAUGAAGUUGGAUGCGGUGCCUGUGGCGAAGGUGAGUUUUCUUGCCCUGUCGGAGGAGAGUGCCUACCCCUCAACUCCAUCUGCAAUGGGCGUCUAGACUGUGAGGAUGGAACGGAUGAAAAUGGUUGCGGGCCUUGUGGAGACACCUUCUUCAAUCUUACGGACACCUCGCCGGUCACUCUAACCUCCCCGGCCUGGCCCAACUAUUACCCGGACGGCGUCCAGUGCACGUAUCUGCUCCAAGCUGAGCUGGGCCUCCGGGUCAUGAUAACUUUCCUGACCUUUGAUACAGAGCUGGGCUACGACAAGUUGCUCAUGGGCAAUGGCCUCGACCCGACGGGUGACGUUAUUCUUGAGCACAGUGGCAACAUGUCCCCCUCGAGGGUGGCUUCGAAGUAUCACACGAUGUAUAUGCUGUUCUCGUCGGACGCGCUCUUCACACAUCAAGGGUUUGAGCUCCGAGCUGAACAGCUCCCCCAAGACCAAGUUUCUUGUAAAACAGGGGAGACGGCCUGUGACUACAAAGACUUUAUUUGUGUCGGUGAGAAGGCUGGGGAAGUGUGCCCAGACUCCCUACCCGGCUGGCCUCUACUGCAUGUGGGCAGUGCAGCCCACCGCGGCACGGGCCCAGGCACGGUGGUCCAGGUCCUGGCGUUCUCAACCGAGGUCGGCGAGGACGUGGCCCGGCUGACCGGGCUGAACUUUCACGGCGAAGAGCUUACCUUCGCCCUGGCGGGGACCACGAAGAUCCACUCCAUCCUCUUCAACUCGUCGGUGGAGGUGACUGUCCGCUUCCAGACGGACUCAAACAUCCAACUCACUGGUUACCACAUCCGCUUCAGCAAUGUCGACUUUAACGGAUCAACAGACUGGUGCACCAACAACCAAACGGAAUUCCUUUGUGAGGACGGAGCUUGCCUUGCGGCUUCGGCUGAAUGUGACGGCUUCCAGGAUUGCCUGAAAGGAGAAGACGAAAGUUUUUGCGAUGAAGUUUACUGUCCGUCAUCCUACCUCUGCAGUGGCACACGGACCUGCAUUCUUCCGCAAUCUGUUUGCGACGGCACGAUUGACUGUGAGCAAGGCGAUGAUGAGGUCAAAUGCGACGAGAAACGCUGUCCCGAAAACUGUUCCUGUGAGUACAUCAAUGAUGAUUUCCACGUUCUGUGCACCAAAGGCUGGGAAUCCGAUCACGUGAAAGACAUUGCACGGAUCACUGCCGCACUCCAGCUCACUGGUGCAACGAAUCAGAGUUCCAUACAGUUGGUACCGGGGUUGUUCAAAGAGCUCAAAUGUCUCAAUUCUCUCUCUCUGCCGUAUAAUAUGCUGUACUUUAUUCCACCGGGAACUUUUUACGGCUUGGGAAAUCUUUCUUAUCUGAACAUCUCUGGGAAUGAGUUGACCGAGAUAGAAUCGGAAACAUUCGCGGAACUCCACAGCUUGGAAGCUCUGAUUAUCACGGAUGUCCCAGCACUGCGUUCUAUAGCGGAGAAUGCGUUCGCCGGACUCGUCAAACUCAAAACAUUAGUGCUGGUUCGAGAUACUGUCGAAGAUGUCCCUUUCGACGUGAAACCAGGAGCAUUUGCCUCCCUCCCUGCGUCUGCAAAAUUUGUUGUUGAUGACUACAGACUUUGUUGCGACUUUCUGCGAGAUAUACGGGACUUUGAGAUUAGCAGCUGCCAGACCACGCAGGCGCAACCCCCCCUCAACCUCUGCGGGUCCCUCAUGCAGAACGACGGCCUGCGCGCGUGCAUGUGGGUCCUGGCGAUAAGUGCUGUCUUCGGUAAUCUUGCGGUGAUCGUCUGGAGGCUUCGGCAUUGCGAGGGGAACUCCGCCAAGAAGACCCACUCGUUCCUGGUAGUCAACCUAGCGGUCUCGGACUUCAUCAUGGGGGUGUACAUGCUGAUCAUCGCGGCCGCCGACAUCCACUUCGGGGAGAGUUACUCCAAACUCGCGGCUGGGUGGCGGGCCAGCGUAGGGUGUAAGAUUGCCGGCAUCCUGUCGGUUCUCUCCAGCGAGGCCUCGGUGUUCUUCGUCACCCUGAUCAGCCUGAACUGUCUCCUCUGCGUCGUGUUCCCUUUCAGCAAGUUCCGGAUCCGCGAGGAGUCUGCCCGCGUGGUCGCCUUGGUGGCUUGGGUGGUGACCCUCUGCCUGAGCGUAGUGCCGACCCUGGUGGUAGACUCGAACUCCGACGUCUACGGUCUGUCCGACGUUUGCAUCGGGCUGCCCCUCACCACAAAGGCCGCCGGGGUCCGGCUGGAACCAAGCGACAUCGACAACCCCUUCGGGGACGACGAAGCCUUGCAGAUCGUCUCAUCGACCGGCCGGAAGCCCGCCUGGAUCUUGUCUAUCGUCCUGUUCCUCGGAGUCAACCUCACCUGCUUCCUGGUCGUCCUUGUCUGUUAUGUCGCCAUCUUCUUCAAGGUCAAGCGGUCGGUGCGCAAAGUCAAGAGGAACUCGCACCGGGACCGCGAGAUCAGGAUGGCCGUCAAGAUGGCGUUGAUCGUGGGCACGGAUUUUGUCUGCUGGAUGCCGGUGAUCCUCCUUGGCAUCCUGUCCCAGACCGGGGCGGUGCAUGUUGGUGCUGAGGUCUUCUCCUGGAUCGUGGUGCUCGUUCUGCCCAUCAACUCCUCGCUCAACCCUUACCUUUACACAAUCUUCUCUUCUGUUAUGGCUCAGCGCAGCGUGCAGUCAAGCUCAGAAAAGCCACCGACUAAACCCUCAAAACAGAAGUCAGGAUCAGUGGAAACAGUGAACUCACACCUUUCAGAAUAGUAUCCGAGUUAGGAAUCACCAAUCACUAUUACGAUGUGUAUACAAAUACGGCGUUUUUAAACCCUCGCUCACUUUUUUGACGCGUUCCACCCACGAAAUGUUUACUGAUGUUUACACUGGCAUGCGAUUAGGCAUAAGUUUAAAGGCUAAGCAGAUUUCUCAGAGCUCAACGUGUACCAUGGAAAAGUAUUUAAACACAAUCCUCAACACAUUUCCUUUUGAAAUGUCUUAAGUUAAACGUGUUUAAACGUGAACCCAGAAAUGUAUGCGCCCACAGGUUAACAAAAGGCAAUUAAGCUAAAAAAAUUUCUAAACGAUCAGCGGGUGAGACUCUAACAAAUUUUGUUUCCAGGAUUGACAAUUUCACAGCGAUAUAUUUCUUGAGACAAAGCCACGUUGCACUUUCCCUUCGAUUCCCGUUUCUGUCGGAUGCAUUGCCGCUUGUAAUUACACUUUGAGCAGCACUGAUCAGAUAGUAUGUCGUCAGUUUGUAGGCAAGGAAUCCCCGGAGUGAUUGAAAAUCGCAUAUGUUGCUUUACUACUAGAUCAAAUCAACAAAGUGGAUGAGUAUAUUGUGCCUUGCAGUGACCAUGUUGUAUUUCUACGUGUACGUGAUUAAUUGAAUAGCCAAACCUGUUAGAAACACAGCGUAGGCAAUUCAGAGGCCUGAGAAUGGCUUCAAGAAUUAUGGAAACUGCAAAGGAAAAUAUUGAAAUAAGGCCAAUUAAUAAUCAUUUUGGCAUUUUUGCAUUUGCAAGUUUACUGCUGUAAAAAUGCGGCUCAAACUCAACGGCCCAGUGAAAUCGAAAAGAUUUCUGUGUCUUUGUACUGGCUACGUUAGUACUCUGACUUUUACCAGGUGUUGGUUGGCCUGUUCGGAGAGUAAGCCAUGUUUGAAAAACAAAAUUCAACAAUAUUAGUCAGUGAUCCAAAUUUGAUAAGCGAGUCAAGAAAACGAGCUUAUAAUGUAGUAAUUUAUGUGUACGGGGGUAUGUGCUGCCCCCAAGCGUCUGGACAGCUUCCGCGGAGACUGCACAGCAGAUUUAGUUUGAUUCCAUGACCUGAUGAUUCCUGACGACUCUCGAUAGAAUCUUAGGUCAAUAUCACCCACGAUUAGAUAUAGUCCAUGACGCAACGUGUCAAGGGUCAGCAGGGAAGUCCCGUCUGGGUUAGGAGCUAGUUCAUUUCAUGUAUUUCAGUUUCAGGAUGUACUUUUCACGAUACACAAUGGCACGAGAUACACAAGGAAGUACCUGUUGACACUGGGGUCGAGUUCGGGCGGCCUGUUCUUGACACGAUUUUCUUGUUCUCGCGCUC